AGUAUUUGUCUUUAUAACCUCUGUCACUUAUAAAUUUUUCACCAAAAUUUUAAGCAUUGCAGAACAAAAAAUAUUCAAAAUGUUUCAAAUAUUCCUGCUGAGUGUUGCUGUCACCGCCUCAGCUGACAAAAUGAGUCCCUUCAUAGUAGGGGGCAGUGAGGUUUCAAUAAAUGACUGGUCCUUCAUAGCCUUCGUACAAAUAACUGACGGGCCUAAUGUUGCGGCGUGCGGGGGGUCUCUCCUCAGCUCCCAAACUGUGCUGACAGCAGCUCACUGUCUCGAUGAUUUCACCAAGAAAAAGAAAGUCAAAGGCGUAUCAUUCAGGAUUUAUAUGGGCCACUCGUCAUUAGAGCAAGCGAAAUUGACGCGAAGUGUCUUGAACUACGAGUCCCACAGGAACUAUUCACCUGAUGAUGUGAUCGUGACAUUUGACAUCGGAAUCAUGUUCCUGUCGAGACCUGUCAAAUUCAGGUCCAAAGUGCAAAAGGUGAUAUUACAACCGAAGUUUAGUGCCAGAGUUGACAAGAAACUGGCCGUGGCUGGGUGGGGUAAUACAGAUUUGAACGAUGCAAAAGGAGGUAUCAGCACGAGGCUAAAAGCGGUCGUGAUGAGUUCGAAUCCGAAUAAGAAAUGUAAUCUGAAUGGAGUCAUCUGCACCACACCUCAAAAAGGAUUUCCAUACACCGGGGACUCUGGCGGCCCUAUGGUAAAUGCCAAGACCCAUCGUCAAGUCGGUAUCGUCUCUUUUCGAGAUAUGGAGACGGGGGUAACAGGCUUUACCAGCAUACCAUAUUACUGGGAUUGGAUCGAGAAGACACAACUCAAAUUGUUCAAAAGAUUUUGCAAAAAGGGAAAGUAAACUAUUUGU